AACCCUCACGUUGUUGGAGCACCACCACCUAACAGGCUACCGCUAGGCCUUCGCCUGGCAGGUGCCGAUCGAGGCCAAGUCAAAAACCAAGGCAGCCGGAGGUUCGGCGCGGCAAUAUAAACGGCAGCGGCGACCGACGCCACACGCGCGCGGCACGAGCCAACGAACCGCCCGCCUCCUCCUCCUCCGGUUUGUUUGUUGCGCGCGCUGCCUCGCCGGGGCGUGUGCGUAGGCCAUGGCCAUGGAGGAAGGAUCAAGGGGAGGAGAGGAAGAAGCCGCGGCCGUGACCACGGUGGCUGAUGCCGCUAAAGCUGAGGACGCCGCCGCCGUCGUCCCGGGGUCGGAGGGCGACGACGGGAAGGAGGUCGAGGAGAGGAGGAGGCCGGCGGCCUACGCGGCCGUCGUGAUCGGGGGCACCUUUGACCGGCUGCACCAGGGUCACCAUCUCUUCCUCAAGGCGGCGGCGGAGCUGGCGAGGGAGAGGAUCGUGAUCGGCGUCUGCGACGGCCCGAUGCUCGCCAAGAAACAGUAUGCCGACCUCAUACAGCCAAUCGAGAAGCGGAUGGAAAAUGUCAAGGAUUAUAUUAAGUCCAUCAAGCCUGAUCUUGAGGUUCAUGCAGAGCCGAUCGUGGACCCUUACGGCCCCUCCAUUGUUGACCAAGGUCUUGAGGCCAUCAUUGUCAGCAAGGAGACAUUUCCGGGAGGGCUCGCUGUCAACAGGAGGAGGGCAGAGAGAGGCCUCUCACAACUGCAGAUUGAAGCGGUAGAACUGGUACCAGAGGAAGCUACGGGGAACAAGAUAAGCUCAACAGCAUUCAGGAAGUUGGAAGCUGAGAAAGAAUUGCGGCAACAGCAAGAAACACAGCAACAGGCAACAGCUCAAUCGGAGUGCAGAACGUAGCCUUUCAGUCACUGAGCAGAGCAACGCGCUACCAUGUACUUUUUCUUUUUUGCCUUAUGAACCGUUGAGCUACACUCUUUUUCCUUACUUUACAACGCAAGGCAUAGCAGAAUUAGCGAUUGCUGCCACCUUGUGAAAUCAUGCAGGAGGACAGUACUGUAAUGAGCAAAAUUGGGCAAACUACAGGGGUACUGGACUGUAAUGAGCAAAAUACAGAAGGACGAGACAGAAGGAUGACAAAAGUACAAUACAUCUCACAAUAAUUUACAGACAA